GUAAAUUGCCUUUGACUUGCAUUAUAUCUACUGUGUAUACCCAUAAAUUUGGGAUAUUAAUUUCCAGGAAAAAAACGAGAGAGACAAUUUGGGAUAUUAAUUUCCAGGAAAAAAACGAGAGACACGAUUUGGGAUAUCAAGUGUAUACACGAAAUUCUUGUACCCGGAUCCUCUCUUGCUUUGUCACAGAAAGAAAGAUGGCAUUGAAAUCGAAACAGAUCGCAGCGUCACUGGAGCUUCAACCUCAUCCCGAAGGAGGCUACUUCAAGGAGACUUUCAGAGACACUUCUAUUGUUCUUACCAAAUCAAUUCUUCCACCUGAUUACAAGGUAGACAGGCCUAUUAGCACAGCCAUAUAUUUUUUACUUCCAUCUGGGAAUGUUUCCCUUUUGCACCGGAUCCCCUGUGCAGAAACAUGGCAUUUUUACAUGGGAGAACCUCUGACGGUCUUUGAGCUUGAGCCUAAUGGAGGAAUCAAACAAACAAUUCUUGGCCCUGAUCUGGCAGCAGGACAAAAAUUGCAGUAUACUGUUCCACCAUUUGUUUGGUUUGGGUCUUAUCCAACAAAGGAUAUUGAAAGCUUCUCUGCUGAUGGUAGCAUGCUAGUUAAAGCUCCACCUAGAGAUCCUGAGAUGCAUUAUACCUUGGUUGGGUGCACCUGUGCACCUGCAUUCCAGUUUCAAGAUUUCGAGUUGGCAUCAAGAUCUGAACUACUGUCAAUGAAUUCGAUUGCCAAGCCCUUUAUUGAAUACCUAACAUCUGCUGACUGAAGAUUCAUGAAUGCGAUGCAAUCCAAUAGAAUUUACUUAGGAUUUCAAGAAUCUGCAUAGUCUGUUCCAGAGAAACGGAGGCAGUAUCAAGAAAUUGCAAAGUUGGUCAAGGUUACUUGUUUUAUCUUUAUAGCCCGUUUUAGAGGAAGCAAUUUACUCUCAGAAAAUUGUAAAGGAUUGCAGUAAGACUAUUUGUUUGACUUAUAUAGGCUGUUUUAGAGGAAACACCAUAAAAUCAGAAAAUUGCAAUGAUUUGCAGCAAGACUAUUUGUUUUAUCUAUAUAUGCAGUUUUAAAGGAA